UCAUAAUAUUACGCAUCUGCUUUCAUGUCAACGCUUGUCUUCCCUCACGAGGCUCUCAAACAAACCUCACGCGCCAGAAUCCCUCUCAUUAUCAGCAGCAGCAGCACCGCCCCGUCGACUCGCCCUCCCGACCAGCGGAGCACCGCUGUGGCGGAGUCCUUGACGGGGACGAGCUCCCGGGUAAACACGGCAAAACACUGCUGUUUACAUGUAGGCAGGCUGAUUCUCGCCGUAAGGCUGCAAGCAGGGAGGAAGACAGAUCCAGCUGAAGAAAGAGAAAGGAAGGAGAGGACUGCUGACUCCAUGUCUUCACCUUCAAAUAAAAGAUCUGGCUCUGGAUCACGCAAAUUCAACCUGCUGAAGGCCCUACAGCCUAAGCACCGCUUGCAACAAAUGCUGUCGUCUCCCACGGCGUCCCCUGUUUUUGACUAUUGCAGGUUUAUAGAGCUAGACUACACACCCAUGGAGUCAGGCAUUAUGGUCUCUAUGAGACAGAGCAGAGGAUUUCUGACACCAAAGUCCCCGGAACGCCACUGUCGACGGAGUCCAGCACCUGUCAGUAACCGUGAUCCAUAUGGAAAUGCCUCUCUCAGCAGCAGUAGCAAUUCAGGGUCAUGCAAGGGCAGUGACGGUAGCCCAACCCAUAGGCGUCACAUAAAAUACACCUCCUGCAAUGAUAACCACGGUAUCCGGCCCCCUCCACCUGAGCAAUACCUUACCCCACUGCAACAGAAAGAGGUGUGUAUCAGACACCUCAGAGCACGGCUCAAAGAAACCAUCGAAAGACUGCAGGACAGGGACACUGAGAUUGAUGAGUUGCGCACUCAGCUGUCUCGUAUGCAAGAGGAUUGGAUUGAAGAGGAGUGCCACCGCGUGGAGGCCCAGCUGGCUCUGAAGGAGGCUCGCAGGGAGAUCCAGCAGCUUAAGCAGGUUGUCGAUGUUGUCAGAUCCAGUCUGGGAGACACCGACACUGGAGUGCAAAAGUGCUUCCAAGACAUAAACCUCCAGAACCACAAGCUGGAGUCUUUAUUGCAGAGCAUGGAGCUGGCUCAGAUCGGAACCCCCAAAACAGGAGAAACCCUGGCAGGUGGAGGGGUGGUGGGGGCAGGGCUGGAGGUCAGCGAGGGCCUGGUGGAGUCUUCCGAAGGCUCCCCAGCUCGCUCGCUUACCCGCAGCUCUACCUACACCAAGCUAAGUGACCAGACUGGCCAGGAACGUAGCGGUAAUGAAAAUGGGUGUGACAUUCCAUGUUUGUCAGGUGAGGGCACGCAGGACAGCGGGUUUGUUUGUUGUGGAGAAAGUGGAAGAGGAGCAAGCAAAGCAGACCUGCUCCUGGAGGCUGCGUUUUUGUCUCAAGAGACAGCCUCGCUGCUCAAUGCGUACUCCCGCCUGCCACACUCCUCCACCUAUGAGGCACUGAGCAUCAGCGAGCCAAGAGUUGUGCCACUCCGCUGCAGUGGGAUCGGGACGGGGACCACUGUUAGUGUAAGUCAUCCAUGUCUGUCGCAUCAUCACCUUUACCUGCAUCACCUGCGUGAACAAGGCAUUCAAACCGACUACGACCAUGGCCCUGCAUCGGCCCCUGCCCAUGGUCCCAGUACAUCCUUUAACUCUGAUCUGGACACUAUUGCUGAGCGCACCUUCCGCUCCCAGGGAUGCAGUCCAACCUCUACCUGGAUGUCUGAUGAGGGAGAUGAUCUGGAGUCGGUAGCCACUGAAUCAGCCAUUACAGCAACAAUUGCCACAGCUUCUGUCGUCACAGACUUUUCCACUAACGCUGCACCAGCUGUUGCAAUGGAUCCUUGGGCACCAACUGUGUCUGUUCCAAAAGGACCUGCAAAUUUAGUGUUGGAGUCCUCUGUCAAGGAGACCACUGUUUCAGAGCUUCUUACAGUCUUACCAAUCACCACAACAGCUUUGACCACAGAGACCAUUGGAUCCCAAGUAACCAACUCUGUUCAACCUCAACCUGUAACAGACCCUUUGCCAAACCCUUGCAACUCCCCUGGCUCUGUGCAGCCAUUGAUUGAGACUGAAGAAGAGCCCCUUCCACAGACCACUCAGCCUCGUGGUGUACUAACAGACGCUGGGGAUGAAGGGGAUCAUGUCAUAAAUAUAGGUACAGAAGAUGAAGAUGAGGUUGACGAGAGUGCUUCGAACACAGAGUCCAAGUCGUCUGGCUGUGGUUUACCAGUAAAGAACUACUGGAGCCGGCACUUCCUAGUGGAUUUGCUUGCGGUGGUCGUGCCAGUGGUCCCCACAGUGGCAUGGCUCUGUCGGGGUCCACACCGUGUUGGUCAGCCAAUGUACCAUAUUGGUUCUCUCUUGCGAGGUUGCUGCACCGUGGCACUCCAUUCCCUGCGUCGAGGAGGAGGCCUUCGGCACUACCCCGCAGGAGGAGGUGGUUCAGGGGGAAUGAGUAUAUGAGACCAGCUCUUCUCUCUGGAGAAGCCUUGAAGCCAGUGAUAUCACUGUUCUUCUGUCAUAUGUGCAAUUAGGGAGUGGUUAACAUAUGUAAAAUGAAUUGAGGCAACCAGUGGAAGGAUAGUGUCUGAGCACAGCACCUUAAUGCUGUGGUUCUCUAUGGUCUAUAUCCAAGACAAGAUAAGAAUGAGGAAGGGGAAUCACUAGGAUGUAUUUACACCUACAAAUGAGAUGCUCAUGAAGUUCAGUACUUCAAACAAGCUUAACCCUUUUUCCAAAACUACUACACUGAGUAAAGAGGCGAGAUGAUGUGUUCUGAAUGAUGGACUGCCACAAUGACAAUAACUCAGCUUUGUGAGUGACACUAAAAGAUCCCCUUUAAUAUGAUUGUAUUCCCCCUAUUUAGAGUGAAGAGACGCAAUAAGUGAUGGGAAGAAACUUGUCCUUUUGUGCGUCCCUCUUACUGUCACUGCAGAGGGUGUGUGUAGUAUGUGUUUGUAUUGAUUUUUCUGAGUGAGUGUUGUGUUAAUGUACAGUGCAGCCAAAGUACCUGGAUUACUAAUGGCCAUCAUUGUUGUAGCCGUGAGUGCAGUAGUUAGCUGUCCCAUUACUUAUGCCUGUGUGGCAUAAGAGCAGAACAGUCAUCUUUCCCCUCAAAGAGCCAGGCAAGCGCCUGCUGAGCUAUUUAUAUGUUUUCCAUAUACCAUUAGUGUCCUAGAUAAAUGCUGUCACAAAAUGAUGAUAGUCCAUCUGGAGUCUUUUAAAUAAUGUAUUCUUUAUUCUAGGCUCAAUUAUGUAGGAAAGUUUGAUGGUUCAGGAAUGCUCUGUAUAGUUGAAUGGUAAAUUGUGUAUUUAGGAAAAGGGUAAUGCAUUUUAAGUAAUAAUAUGAACAGUAAGAAAGAUUCAGCGUUUAGACAAUGAUCAGGGUUAAAUGACUUUAGUAGGUUCAUGGGAGCUUUUUCACCAGAAAUGAAUUUUAUGAUUUUGUUUCACUGUGUGACCAUCAAAAAACUGUCAUAGCCAGAUGUUUUUGGAUGGAAUGCUAAUCUUUAAGAAUAGGUCUAAUUUUCAUGUUCACUGUUAGUCUAGGUUAUAUAAUUGCAGCCGGAUGUGGUUGGCAACAGCUGGCAUGAGAGUUGCUAAAUGCUAAACAAGGAAACAGCUGAACUUAAUUUAGUAUUACACCCUGCUAAACAAGACUAUUAGUACUAAUGUUAUUAAAUGUUGGCUUAUAUGUUAUUUCUGAAAUACUAUGUAACAUAAUUCCACUAAAAAGAUCAAAGAAAGCCAAAAAAAUAUUUUGUAUUGAGUUACUGGGUUAAAAAGUGGAAUAUACAAAUUGAUGCACUUUCUAAGCUUAAAAUUUAAAUCAGUCUGCAUGCAGAAACAAAUUUUAAUUUAGAAUUCUCUGCUUUCAGCUUUUUCCAAACAUUUGGCAAUGACUUCAUGUCCCCUAUGAUGUUCAUGUUGACCAUUUAUUUGACACACUUAGGUGACGGGUGACAUUUAAUGACAUGUCGAUUGCACUAUAUAAUUCACUUUAUAAGCAAUUACUUGAAGAAUACUUGAUUGUGAGUUUCUGUCUGUCUAAAGCCCAAUGCAUACAUGUGGGUUUGUGAUUCAGGAUUAGAUUUCACCAACACCACCAUUUAAAAAAAAUCAACAUUGAUUCAUAAAUUCAUAUGAAUAUUUACGCUUUGUGUGUAUGUGACAGCUGGAUUGAUUUGCCAGUCAACAGUGUAACAGAUAAUCAGCCA